UUCGCUUCGCUGCCUCUGAACGCAACCCAGCGGCCAGCGAGAGACGGGAAAUCUACAGCGAGAGAGAGAAGCAAGGCAUAGGAAGAACGGCUAUGGCGGCAACAGUGUCUCCUUGGGCCAAGCCCGGUGCCUGGGCACUUGACUCCGAGCAACACGAGGCCGAGCUUCACCAACUACAACAGAACGAAAACCAGCCCAUCUCAGGAAUUCCAACCGAGCCUCUCGCCGAUUUUCCGUCCCUGUCUGCCGCGGCCACCUCCAAGUCGAAGAAGAAGAAGGGCCAGACCAUCUCCCUCGCUGAGUUCACAGCCAAGCCAACUCAGCCGAGCUAUCAACAACAUCAGGGACUCACCCCCGAGGAGUUCCUGGCUCUCCCUACCGGUCCGCGUGAACGCUCCGCCGAGGAGCUCGACCGCAACCGACUCGGCGGCGGAUUCAGAUCCUACGGCUCAAACGACUCUUCCAAUUCUCGGUGGGGUUCAUCUAGGGUUUCUGAUGAGCCCCGCAGAAAUGGUUCGUUUAAAAGGGACAGGGAAUCUGCGCCUUCGCGGGCCGACGAGAUUGACAAUUGGGCAGCGGAGAAGAAGUCGACCGUUGGUAGUAACGGUUUUGAGAGGAGGGAGAGAGGUGGAGGGUUUUUCAAUUCGCAAUCUCGAGCGGAUGAUACGGACAAUUGGGGAUCGAAUAAGGCCUUUGCGCCAUCGGCGGACGGACGGAGAUCUGGCGGGGAAAGAAAGGUGGGGUUCGCAUCCGAUGGUGGUGCUGAUUCGGAUAAUUGGGCGAAGAACAAGAAAGAGGUGAGUAGUGUAGGAGGGGCUGGGACUGAAAGGCCCAGGCUUAAUUUGCAGCCGAGGACUCUGCCUGUGAGUAAUGGGGACAAGCAAGAGGCGGCGGGGAUGGUUUCAAAGCCCUCACGGGGUUCAAAUCCGUUUGGGGAGGCAAGGCCGAGGGAGGAUGUUCUGGCAGAGAAAGGGAAGGAUUGGAAGAAGAUUGACGAGCAGCUGGAGGCCACGAAGAUGAAGGAGGUGGCAGAGAAGGCGGACGGGUCUUCCUCGUUUGGAAAGAGAGGUUUUGGGCUUGGCAACGUUCGGGCCGCGGGGGUGGAGGAUAAUCGAACUUGGAGGAGACCAGGAUCGGUUGAAAGUCGCCCCCAGAGGUUUGUUUCAGUCAGCUGUCUUACUGGCUAUUCACUGAAUUGCAAAAAAAAAAAAAAAAAAAAAAAAAAAAAAACUUGCUAUUUGGUUUCUUGAUGUGGAUGGACUAUGUUUUUCACUGGGAGCUGUUUACUAUUUUUUUUGUUAGAUUAAGAUUAUUUUAUUGCUCAGUUGGCAUGAGGAACUAAUUUGCUAUCUGUCAUUCCGUUUAUUGGUUUCGUAUUCACUCAUAUUGCUGGCUUUGUAUUACUUUACCCAUUUGAUCGUUCUCCGUUACUAUGUUUCUUUGUUAUACUUUUGCUCAUUAUAACUGGUAGGAGUUUCAGUGGAGUACUUGGAUAACAUAUUUUAUCACGACUGUGCCAAGGUGGUUCUAGCAUUUUAAACUUGUUCUAGUGACAACGGCUUGGUUUCUGGAUUCAGCUCUAGGCAACCACGAACGGAUCCUAGGGUUUUGGUGAACCAAAGUGAGUCGAGAGAUAAGAUACUCUAUUUGGUGCACAAAAUGGUGUCGUUUGUCCUUGUGAUUUGAUUAUUCCUAACCUCAAUAUCUCAUCUACCGUAUUUGACAUUUUUGCAAAUUGAUUAUUCCAGCUGCCACUUUUAUGUUGGUGAUUGAUUUCCAGUAUCUACAGUCGGGAUCCAUGUAUAUUGUAAAGUCAUUCCUUAUCCCCCUUCCCCCCACCAAACACACUAACAGACUCGCAAAAAGAGCCAGAAUCUAUUUCAGGCUAAACUUUGGCUCUUAUUCUUGCAUCUGCUCUCUUAGGUAUGCAUGGUAUGCAUUUAAUUGAACCCAUUGACCGUGCAAAUGGCUAUAGUUCACUACUGCUUGUCGUCUAUAACCUAUAUGGGUCCCACAUGAGGUACACAAGCAUGAAUUGUGUAGAUCUUUGUGGUACAGAUGGCAAAUGUUCUAGGCUAUAUGAUCCCAUAGUAUAUGGAAAAACAAGUCUCUUCAUUGCUUUCAACAUAUCAAUUCAUCUUUGGAGCUACUGCUGGUCUCUUCUUUGUGCAUCGCUCUGGUCAAGAUGGGUGCUUUUCUUUUCAGCUAACGAUGUGUGUUUUUGGCUCUUUGGUAAUUGUGUUAAUAGUGAUUGUUACAUUUAUACACACAUGCCUAUGGAGUUGAGAUUGUGUUCAAAUUUCAGCUGAAUUGAGACUUAUAUUUAUAGGACCUUAGACCUUCAGAUUUUUUUUUAUAAGCAAGGUGUAUUAUUUAUAAAAAGUAGGAAAUAUUACAAGGGUGGAUCUUUUCCACUGUGAAAGAAGGGGGGGGGGGGGGGUGGAGGUGGGGUGUGAUUCCUGUCCAUGGAUGUGGUCCAUUUUGCUAGGUCGCAAGUUCCAGUCAAGGUUUGCUUCUAGGAUGGUGUAGAUUAUGUUGAUGAUGGGUGCAAUUUACCAUCCUAACUCUGUAGAGGCCUGAUAAAGUGCCUUAUGAACGAUUUCCGAGUCUCCUUCAAUGAUGAUCCGUCUGCUAUGUAGGUUGGUUUUUGUAUACACUAAAAGGUUUGUAGUGUUAUGUCAUCAUUCUGAAAAUUGCAGAUUGAUGUGUAAUCAUUUUCUGAUUUGAAGCUAAAGGAAAAAAGGUCUUGGACAACCGUUGUUGCAAUACCUAUGCAAAUAUGCAAUAUUUCUUGCCUUUACCGCUGUUUUUCUUUUUCAAAAGAAAAAUUCUUCUCAUCAGCCACUAUUCACCACCCCUAUAUCCCACACCUUGUGAAAAACAUCCCACACCUUAUGAAAAAAAUAUAGGUGUGAGAGUGAAUAGUGAAUAGUGGCUGAUAUAGUAAAUCCCUUUCCAAAAACAUAAUUUAUUAAGUGGCAGACAUAUUACUACUUUUGAAGUAUGUAAGUUAAGAUUUGAAACCCACCCGUGGGUAGCCCAAGUGGUAAGGGCGAACUUGUUUGCAUGUGCCCCAUCAGGUUUGAUUCUCCCUGAGAUCUAACUGCGAUUUAAGUGGGGGGCCAUAGUGGUGGGUUGCUGUGCUAAUCUUCCCAGGAGUUUAUGUUCCAUGGGUGAGUCCUAAGGACUCUGCUGUGGGAUGAUUCUCCUGUCAUUAAAAAAAAAAAAAAAGAUUUGAACAACUAUUUUUGCAAUUAGUUUGUUUAACUAUAUGAUUAAUUUUUUUUUUUUCUUUUCCUUGCAGUGCUGAGAAAAUUGAGAACAUUCCUGGUGAAGAAAAAUCAGGAGAGCUUAUAUGCGAUGCUGAAAUUUAA